CAAGGAAUGUUAGUUUACUGUUUCUUGCCCUGCAACUCCUGGAUUAGCCAUAGGCCUCCUCCUUGUUCCUUCAACCAAUAAAGCUUUCUCUGUCUUUUUUUUAACACUCCAGUAGUAAUUUUUUUCUGUUACUAUUAGGAGGAGGAUGCUAGCAGUAAUUUAUUCCUAGCUACUACCAGCCUACUACCAGACCUUUUCCUCCCCCGUAAACUACUACCACUCCUUGCUCUACUCUACCGGUACCUGUAUUAUUACUGGCGGUGGUGGUGUGGUGCUGCUGUCUUGGCUCCUGCUCCUGCCUCCGGGGCGCGGCACCUUCCCCUCUUCCUCCUCCUGUCCUCCACACCUCCUCUCCCACUGCUCGGACUCCUCCGCCACAUGGGUUCGGUGUCCUCCAUGGCGUGGUGCCAAAAUGUCGGUCGGGCCUCGUCGUCUUCCUGCGCUUCAGGGGCUUCCUGCGGUUGCGACGGGAGGAGCAGCUAGCGCCGCGGCUGUGAUCUGGGGCCGCGCCGCAUUGCCGACUGCCUGCCGCCGGGCUCGCGCGCCGUUCCUGCUGUGGUGAGGGGGGGCAAGGCAAGAUGCGGCCUCUUGCUCUCGUCGCGCUUCUUCUUGCUUCCGUUCUCGGAUCCAGAGGUACCACUCUGGCCCCUUCUCCUGCUGUCACUGAUUCUCCUGCAAACCAAGGACAGGCUUCUAGUCCUCCUCAACCUGCAUUUGCUCUUGGUCCAGUAACUGUUCCAACAGGGCCGGCUACUCCAUCAGCAAGUCCUUCCCCAGAGAAGGCAGCUGUAAGUCCUGCUUCUCCCGUGGAGCCACAAAAUGCUCCCAGUCCAGUGACUUCUCCUAAAGAGAAUAAUGCACCUCCUCCAAUUGAGGUGGCACCCCCUGAUCCCACCGAUGAGGUUCCUCCACCAGUAGCUCCACCACAAGCUGCAGCUGGAAAUCCUACUCCAAUUCUUCCUGGGACACCUGCAUUGCUACCUUCUGUUCAGGCUCCUGCUCCUUCUGUUGUUCUCAAGCCUAGUCCACCAGUAGCUCCACCACAAGCUGCAGUUGGAAAUCCCACUCCAAUUCUUCCUGGGACACCUGCAUUGCUACCUUCUGUUCAGGCUCCUGCUCCAUCUGUUGUUCUCAAGGCUAAUCCACCAGUCGCGUCACCUCCAUCUGCGAGCAAUCAACCAAGUAGGCCAGUUGGCUCAGUCCCUCCUUAUCGACCCCCUGUAUUGCCCCCUCCGGCAAAUGACGUUCCACCAUACCCACCUUCAGGAAGUUUUCCUGCUAUUCCUCCUUCCACUUCAGCAGACCCACCUCCGACCGCAUCACCUGUUAUUGCACAAGCACCACAACGGCAAGCAGAUCCUCGAAGCAGAGAUUAUAAGAAUGGAAACACGGCGCCGUCAGCAAAUACUUACCCUCCUACAAGUCUCAAGAAGCAUCAUGUUCCACAUGCAUCCCCUCCAAAGGAGUCCACUGGCCAAACUGCCCCAGUUCACAAAUCACCAGUUACAGGAUCUGCGCCUGCAACAAGUCCUUUGCCCCAGAACACAAACAUGCCUUCAAUCCCGAAGAAUGCUUCAUCAGUGUCACAUGCCCAACCCUCACCACCAAGUGUAGCUCCAAAAUUGGCACCCACUGGUAGAUCUCAUGCUCGGGGAUGGAAAUCCAGAAAUCCUAAUAACGGAACAAAUAGAUCAUCUGCCCCAUCUUAUCCACCACCUCGUGCUCAAGGGCCCGAGGUCUCACGAGCUCCAAGACAGACUGGGACUAAAAGCCAUACUCACCAUGCGCCUCCACCAAUCCCUCAAGGACACCCAAGCUUACCUGUACACUCCCCGUCCCCUUCACCAGCGUCAUCGAGGAGUCCUGCUAACGGGAAGAAAAGUCAUCGUAUUUCUCCUACUCUGCCUCCAAUCCCUCCCCUUCCAGAGCCAAAAGCACCAUCAGCACAUCCUAUCUGGACAUUACCUCCACCACCACCUAAUUCAGAUUGCAAUUCAUUAUCAUGCCCAGAGCCUCUAACAGAUCCACCUGCGGGAGCACCAUGUGCCUGUGUGCUACCAAUCAGAGUUGGAAUUCGUCUAAGCGUUGACCUUUAUUCAUUUUUUCCAUUGGUCUCUGAUUUUGCUGAAGAGGUAGCUUCAGGGGUAAACAUGGCACAGAGUCAGGUCCGUGUAAUGGGUGCAAAUGUUGCAGGUGAUCAACCUGACAAAACAAUGGUUCUUGUUGAUCUAGUUCCAAUGCAAGUGAAGUUCGACAAUGCAACAGCGUUUUCAGCAUUUGAAAGCUUGUGGGGCAAAAAAGUUUCUUUAAAACCAUCAGUCUUUGGGAACUAUGCGAUUCUCUAUGUUGUAUAUCCAGGGCUUCCUCCUUCACCACCUUCAGGGCCAGAAGGUGUUGGGGACGGGGCAUUUGGCAACAACGGAAAUGCAAGGGCCAUGAAGCCUCUUGGGGUCGAUGUAGGAAGACCCAAGAGAAAAGUGAAUGGCAGCCUCAUUGCUGUUGCUGUUUUGUCUACUGUUAUAGCAUUGAUUAUUUGCUGUCUGGCUGCAUGGUUGCUGAUACUCAGAUUCAGGGGUCCGAGUGACACGGCUCAAGGAUUUCCACGUACUGUACUUCCAAAAUUUUCUAGGUCAUCUGGCACAGGUCACACACUUUUAGUUGGUGCUGGUCGCUAUAGUUCACCUUCAGGUCCAUCAGGUUCACUGGGCUCAAGCAUCGCAACAUAUGCAGGGCAGGCAAAAACAUUCAAAUUUGCUGAGAUUGACAAGGCCACAAAUGGCUUUGAUGAUUCAAAAGUACUUGGAGAAGGUGGCUUCGGAUGUGUCUACCAGGGCACACUUGAAGAUGGAACUACGGUUGCAGUGAAGGUUCUGAAGAGAUAUGAUGGCCAAGGUGAGCGAGAGUUCUUGGCUGAGGUUGAGAUGCUGGGACGUUUGCAUCACCGGAAUUUGGUCAAGUUGUUAGGCAUCUGCAUCGAGGAGAAUGCACGGUGUCUGGUGUACGAGCUUAUUCCAAAUGGCAGCGUAGAAUCCCAUUUGCAUGGAGUGGACCGUGAGACAGCUCCACUUGAUUGGAAUUCUCGUAUGAAGAUAGCGCUCGGGGCAGCACGAGCACUUGCAUAUCUACAUGAAGAUUCUAGUCCUUGUGUGAUUCAUCGCGAUUUUAAGUCAAGCAACAUUCUUCUGGAGGAUGAUUACACACCAAAAGUGUCAGACUUUGGACUUGCCAGGACUGCAAGGGGAGAGGGGAACCAGCACAUCUCUACACGUGUCAUGGGAACAUUUGGCUAUGUGGCGCCGGAGUAUGCUAUGACGGGUCAUCUUCUUGUAAAGAGUGAUGUGUACAGUUAUGGAGUUGUAUUACUUGAGCUUCUCACUGGUAGGAAACCUGUGGAUAUGUCUCAACCUGCUGGGCAAGAAAACCUAGUUGCAUGGGCUCGGCCCCUUCUAACAAAUGUUCUGAGCCUACGCCAAGCUGUCGAUCCACUUCUUGGCCCUAACGUUCCACUGGACAAUGUAGCAAAAGCAGCUGCCAUCGCAUCAAUGUGCGUACAACCUGAGGUUGCGCACCGCCCCAGCAUGGGUGAAGUAGUGCAGGCCUUGAAACUUGUGUGCAGCGAGGGUGACGAUUGCCUUGCAUCAGGAAGAUUCAGCCAGGAGUUGCCCAUGCAAAGUAGGGCAAUUUAUGACGCGACUGGAAUGGAAGCUGAGAGAGUGCUAAUAUCCGAGAUAUAUGGCUCCACACCAGUCUUUACUCCAGCUGCUGAUUCGGAUUCUUUUCGCAAGCAGUCAAGUUCAGGCCCGCUGAUGACAGGCAAGAACAGGAAGUUCUGGCAGAGGUUGCGAAGCCUGUCAAGGGGCAGCAUGAGUGAGCAUGGCGUCUCACCAGACUAUGAAACACGCUCGCAAUAUAGUGGUAGGUGAGGAAACUUUUGCUUGGCUUCCAUUAGAAGAUGGAUUGAUGCUCAGUCGAUUGGGAAUAAAAGAGUUUCAAGCUGAGCUAGUGUAAAUUAUGCAUCUGGAGACAAAAAGCUAUAGUUCAGGAUGUCAUCAGGGAGCAAACUGGAGCCUGAGCUUUGGAUUGCUGGACAUAAGCUCUGCUCCAGAACCCUGAUACCCCACUUCUGUUUAGAGCUUGUUAAUUUGAGUUUUUGAGCUCUUCUUUUGUCUAGGUAGUAGUUUAUUUUUUGCUUAAUCUUUUGUUUGGUCAGUUGUUUGUUAGGGCUGUUGAUUUGUAUAGAUUCAGGCUACAUUUCUUUGGGCUUGUGGACUUCCAUAGUUGUUGUACACUGACAUAUGCUGGUCUUAAAUGAGGAUGAUAGGUUUUUGGUUCUAAUUUGUGACUA